AGGCGCAUGCGCGGUCCGCUCGCCAUCGAACCAGGAUGCUCGUGCGCUGAUGCUGCGGAUUUGACGGGUCGGCCGCCGGAACAGCGAGCGGAGAAAGGCCGGAACUUAGGAAAUAAUGAACAACAAAUUUGACGCUCUGAAAGAUGACGACAGUGGAGAUCACGACCAGGACAACGGCUCACCGAAAGAUGGUGAGAAGGAAAGGAAUGAGGAUGAGGAAAAGGACCAAAACACUACCAAGAAGAAGGCUGUGGUUCCUGGGGCAGGUGAACACCCUCUUCAGUAUAACUACACAUUCUGGUAUUCUCGGCGAACCCCAGGCAGACCAGCCAGUACACAGAGCUAUGAGCAGAACAUCAAACAAAUCGGCAGCUUUGCUUCGGUGGAGCAGUUUUGGCGGUUUUACAGUCACAUGAUCAGACCAGGUGAUCUGACUGGCCACAGCGACUUUCACCUAUUUAAGGAGGGAAUCAAGCCCAUGUGGGAGGAUGAUGCUAAUAAGAGUGGAGGGAAGUGGAUAAUUCGGCUGCGGAAGGGUCUGGCCUCACGCUGCUGGGAAAAUCUGAUCCUGGCCAUGUUGGGUGAGCAGUUCAUGGUUGGUGAGGAGAUCUGUGGCGCUGUUGUCUCAGUCCGCUUCCAGGAGGAUAUCAUAUCUAUCUGGAACAAAACAGCAAGUGAUCAGGCCACUACUGCUCGCAUCAGAGACACGCUUCGCAGAGUCCUCAACCUGCCACCAAACACCAUCAUGGAGUACAAAACACACACUGACAGCAUCAAGGCUUGGGAGGAUUUUCAUGGACUGGUGAAUGCUAGUGGUGGUCGCUAGGUCUUUCUCAAGGGUGAACAAUGGCAGGGGUAGGGCCAGUAUAGCACCUUAAAAAAAAAUCCAUCUAUCUCCAUAUAACACUCCAAAACCUCUUCAUGCCAAAAGCAAAACUACACCAUACUUGACCUUAUCAGUCUAAACCUUAACCACUAUAAUGGUUAUAACCCUGCUACAUUUGAUAAACAAUUUGCUAUUUUCAGUCUCUAAUUUAAUACAAUGUUUUCAUUUCUAGGUUUAGUUACCUUCAGUGUGGAUGAAGAGGACUUUCCUAGGGCAUACAACUCACUUAUUUAUGAAUUAACAUUGUUUUGAAUAAAAAAACAAAAGGGAUAUUGGCUACUGGAAAGCCCAUAUUCCUGGUCGAAAUAUCUGUUCAGCUAAAAUGCCCCUGAGAAUGAAGGAGGAGUCAAAUGACCAGUAACAGAUGUUUUCAAUACUUAUUAAGAAAAACAUAAGCCGGUGCAGAAAUAAGCCUCAAAAAUUGUCGCUACUGUGGUUCUGAUGAAGGCUGAUUAACAAAACCAAUCAAAUUAAAUUUGUUGAAUCUUUGUACAAUAAGUCAUGUUGACCUCAUCUGGCAAGUUAUUCAGCUUCACAUAACCCACACUUCUUAGAAAGCAAGUACUUUUAUUUGAUAUUGUCAUAAACAGGGUUGCAUUUUACUAUAGUGCAGUAUUUUAAUUUCAGUGUUAAAGUUUUGUUUUUGAAAUUGUGAGAAACAAUAUAUUUUCAAAGUUUUUUGAAGAGAUAUAUGAUGGAAUCUGUUCUUGAUAAUUUUUUUGUUUUAAGCUGAGUGUGUUGAAACUUAAAAGCCUAAAAGAUAUCGGACAGUGCCUGCUUCCCAGAAGCACUCAGCAUUCUGUGAUUUUUGCCUUGGAAAGAUAUUUUUGUGAUUAUGCUGUCAGCCGAAAAAUCCUGAUUCUCCUUUACCACCAAGUAAAACUGAAGAAUGUUAACUGAUGUGGAUUUGGAGAUUGGGGUUGGUCAUGGUUUGUGUACAUCUUACAUACUGCCUGGAUUUAUAAACUUGGGUGUGUUUGAAGUAAUGUUUGGAUUACUGAUAGCAAUAAACGUCAAAUAUGCA